AAACAGCUGAUCUAUGGUAUGUAGGCGUGGCUUAAAUGACAGAAGGAUGUUUACAAAAAUUCUGUAUGUGGGCCUGAGUAAUUAUUCAAAUGAAUUGAUAAUAUCUUACUAGGUAUGUAGGGGAAAAACAAAAUUAAUAUUAAUCAUGAAUUUAUGGGUGUUGAAUGAAAACGUGGAAAUUCGGAGGGAAAUUGGCGAGAGUGUAAUAAAAAUAAGCAAUAUCGGAAAUCAUUUGUUUCUAUUGACCAUAAACAACAAUUUGUAUCACGGAGUGGUCGAAAAAAACGAACAUCGUCAAGCCUACAUCGACCUCGAGUACGUGAGAGAUUUAAAACUUGUUGAUAUUGAUAGUUGUAAAGAGUUUUUAUUCACUGUUAACAAAGAUGGAAGUUUAUUUAAGUGUAGAGAAACCCUAGAAGUUGUUAAUGAAAUUGAGCUGGUGGAGGAGUAUUUAUGCGCCAGAGGCCACAAUGCAACAAAAUGCAAGCAAAAAGUACAAUCUAUUGCUGUGGGAGAGUAUGGCAAGUUGUUUAUCACAGACAGUGGCCAAUUGUGGGGUUCUGGGUACAUGCCUCAAAUAGGAAUAAACAGUGAACAACCCAAGAGGGUUCAUUUUUUCAUUGGUAGAUUUGUGUUUAGCGUGAACGUGGGAAAUGAUUUUGCAAUAGCAAUAGUAAGUAAACAGGCCAAAAAUGAUGAUGCUGAUAGUGAUGAGGAAGAGAAUUUUCCCCCCAACUGUCCAAAGUGCUUGUCGGCAUCUCAGCUUACAUCUCCAGGUUCCUUGAAUUCAAUGUCUGAAGUUUGUCCUCUAGGUGUUAAAGUGUUAGGUAGUUAUGACAUAGAAACCACCUCAACAAGUAGUAAGAAUGAUAGCAGUGUUAGUUCAAAUGAAAAAUUAAAUGACGAGAAUUUCGACACCAAGGUGGAAAAAAACAUAAUUUUUCGAAACACUGAAGCAGCCAAAGAGUUUCUUACCAGGCAGAUAUCAAGGAUGUCAUCUGCUGGAGAGGAAUAUUUGGUGGAAUGCACAGAAAAACCUACUAGAAUUUUAAAGGAGAACAUGACUAAUGUUGCCAGUUUUGUGUAUGAAGGGGUAAAAACUGUCGGUGACAAAGUGGUUACAUUGUCGCGGCAUGUCAGCGGAAGUUCCGACUGUAAUAGCGUCAUUGAAAAUAACGACGAAUCGCGCAUUCAUAAGAGCAACUCCAAGGAUGAGGUGAUUCUUUCUGUGAGCCAAUGCACUUCUGAGAGAGACCUGUCGGAACACGAACUCCAAGGCAGAAUCAAUUUUAUCGUGAAAACCGGCUCAAAUUUGCUAAAUUGUGAGGUGUGGACAUGGGGAAACAUUUUGCAUGGACAGCUAGGCAUAGGCGACAUUAUAAAGCGCGAGCGGCCGAUGAUUAUAACGAAGCUGUCGAACAUCGGCGUGAAGAAGGCGUCGGUGCAGAGUUUCCACGCGGCCGUCUUGACGCUGGACGGCAGGGCGUUCAUCUGGGGCCAGAACGACCACAAUCAAGUCACCGCCGAAAACAAUUCGGACCAGAGCUCGCCGAAAUUGUACUCGUCGCCGAAUCAAAACGAACGCGUGAAAGACAUCGUGUGCGGCGAGCAUUUCACCACGCUGCUCACCAACCGACACAACGUCGUCUAUUUCGGUAAGGGGACAAGGAAUUCCUUUAAUUUCCAUAACAAUAACGACGAGAAUAAUGACGCGGAAAAUAAAGUGAACUGCUUCACGAAUUUGCUGUCCAGCAAGCAGUACACACUGUUGAAUAAUGGGAGGUGCGAGGAUGAUAAUAUUUUGGAGUUUAUAAAUCAGGAGCAGAAAAUGUUGGAGGAGAUGCUUGCCGUGCACCUGCACAUCAUAAAACCUCUACAAAAGAAAAAUAUCACGUCUUCGAUCGCCUCACUGCUGGAAACUUUAUGCCGCACUUACAGCGAUCUGCUUUAUUUUUGGGUUGCGAACAUUCAAUCUUUAAUCGAAUACAGCAACGGCUUGAUAUCAAUGGGGGAAAUUAUUAUUUUCAAAUAUCAAGAAGAACACGUGCACGUCUACAAGAAAUACUUGGACACCAUCCACAACAUAAUCAGCGUGAACGGGUUCGCCAACAUAUCCAAGCUACUCGAAGUACCUGCCGCAUUGUACAAAUUGAAGUCGGAUGUUUUUACGAAAAAAGAAAAAAACAACGAGGAAGCGAUUUCGACGUUUUUGUCGACGCCCGCCGCCCGUCUUGAUCAUUACACGGCGAUAAUUCAGCACUUGUGCACUGAGAAAAACAAGUGGGCCGAUUUUAUCGCCUACUACGAGUCGAACAAAAAGCAAGCGGAGUUGACGAACGCGUUUUGGGUGAACGGGGGUAAGCAGGUGGAGUUUUUGAAGAGCCCCGAUCGCAGAUUAAUCAAAGACAGCCAUAAAGAUCCUAUCAAUUUGUUGGGCGCUGGUAGAUUCUCUUCGCACUGGUUUAUUUUGUUCAACGAUUUGUUCGUCCACUUUAACGGCUCGACGGCGUCGCAGUUCCAGCUGCCCAUGAUCUGGAUCGAACCCGUGCAACAAGAUGAAAACAGUCAGCAGCAGCAACAGCAUCAAAUCUCGUUGAAAAUGCCGGAAGAUUCUCUGACUUUGGUCGCGACCGAAGCCGAAGGCAAGAUCGAGUGGUAUCGGGCGCUGCAGCACGCCGUUCUCAAUUGUUUGAACAAAAGGGAGGCGCUGCAGCCCCCCAUGGUCAGGAGUGGCAGUCACACUUUCGUCAAGGCGGGUUUUUUCAAGGACGCGACUUACACGGGCCGGUGGUCUCAGGCCAAAAUGCACGGAUACGGACAGGUCGAAUGGCCGGACGGGAAAACUUACGCCGGACAAUUUUGCAAUAAUCAACUCAAUGGUUACGGCGAAAUGACCAUUCCCAAUAUUGGUUGCUAUGAGGGCCAGUGGAAGGAGAACCAGAAAAACGGUCUGGGCUGCCUGAAGUACUCGAAUAGCGACAUCUAUCAGGGCCACUUCAAGGACGGGCAGCCGCAUGGGCACGGGUUUCUGCGCAAAGGUAACUUCAUGGCGAGCCGCGCCUCCUUUUAUAUCGGCGAUUGGGUUUCCGGCUCGAAAAGCGGAUACGGCGUCAUGGACGACAUCGUGGCUGGCGAAAAGUACAUCGGGAGCUGGUCCGAUAACAAGAAAGAGGGACAAGGUAUCAUAGUCACCUCUGAUGGGGUCUACUACGAGGGAAACUUCCAUCAAGACGUGUUCACGGGUCACGGAAUAAUGAUAUUAGAGGAUAAUACUCACUACGAGGGCGAAUUCAAAGGCACUGGGUUUUUGAACGGCAAAGGUGUGCUGACUUUGCCUAGCGGCCACACGGUAGAGGGCAGCAUGACCGGAGCGUGGAACGAAGGCAUCAAAAUCAACGGCACUUUUGCUCGAACUUUGGAACAAAAGUUGCCGAAAUCCUUCGAAACCCUCUGCACGCCGGUGCAUUUGAAGUGGAAGGCCCUCUUCAAGCAUUGCAAUCAAGUGUUGGGCAUUCAGGAGUCGAAAACCCCGGAAACGCAGAAAAUAUGGCAGAACGUGGCGGUGUACCUCUCUAACGCCUCAUCGUUGAAGCGGAAAAAAUCGGAUAGGAAGUUCCCGAACUCUCUCAACCAUUUAGACAUCAUUCCUCCAUACGGUAUGGACAAAUUGAACAUGGACAACUAUCAGAUCGUCAAAAAUUACCUGACGAAAGCGUUCGAGAGUCCGUACCAUCCACUGGGGUCGUUGCUGAACGACUUGUCAGAGGCGUACAACACGACUUACGGGGGAAGGGCGCACCCCCUCCUAUUGAAACACGCCAUCACCGAGCUCAUUUUUAUCACGAGAAGACUGUACGAGGUCGUGAGGACGCUUUUCCCUGGACUUCCUGCCUAUGGAUUGGAUAUUUAUAUCGAAGCCGACGACAGAGACUACGUUAUCAAUUACCAGGCUUUAUUGUACCCGAUAAUAUUACCGAAGGUCCAUCAUCCUUUAUUCACUCUUUUCACUUUGAACAAUGAGGAGCAAGAAAGACAAUACAAGAGAACUUUGGUGGAGUGGAACAAGCAGUCCGAUUAUACGUUGAUGGCAUUCCUCUCAGUUGACCAGAAAUUCUUUAAGACUGAAGACUCAUUUCCGCAUUCGCCAAUAAAAAAUCAGGUUUUCCUAGAGGCUAUAGAAACUCUGCAACAAAUAAAAUCGACAUUUUCUCCCACAGACAAACUUCUAGUCAUAAUUCAAACUGUAGAAAAAAUGAAACCAGUUGCUCAGGAUAUUCUGGGCAAAUCUUACAUCUGGAAUAUGGACGAUUUGUUUCCUUUAUUUCUUUAUGUCGUAGUCAGAUCGAGAAUUCCAGAUUUGGGAUCUGAAUUGGAUUUUGUGGAGAAUUUUAUGGAUCCAAGUCUGGAAAGCGGUGAAAUGGGCAUCAUGUUCAUUACGCUUAAAGCCUGUUACCAACAAAUCUUGAAAGAGAAAUCUUACAUUGUUUAAACUAUUCCGUCAAGUUGAUAUUCCCACCCCAGUAAAAUAUUAUUUAUUGAAAUAAAUAUCCAACCCAUCAUUAUGUGAUAAACGAAC